CGGUCGGUAUAUUUUUCAGAAAUUUCAUCAGUUCGCUUGAAUUCCUGCAAAAUUUCGCAAAAGUAAUAAACAUGCCGUUCAUCGUCGUGGAAACCGAUAAUGCUCAGGGCGGGAAGGAGCUUUCCGUCGUCCCGGAGAAAUGGACACGGAAUACCAAGAGCGGGAAAAUCAUUUUCUGGUCGAAUGCGAAAAACAUCGCUGAGCAGGAGAAAUUGCUUCGGGAUGAAAACAGCUGCCCGAAAAAAUCGUGGCUGAAAUAUAAGUGCACGGUAAGGCGCAGCCCGACGAAAUCCUUUGCCGAAGCGAAGCGUUUAUUGGAAGAGCUGUCCGGGGAAUCAUCUUCUGACGUUACAGAGCUGGUACGUCGCAAGAGAAAGGCGAAUAAUCGGGAAAACAACUUCCAGAAAAUGCUUGUUCUGGAAAAUACGCCUCCUGCUACCCACCAAACACCCCCGCAGACUAUGAACGUACGUGAUGAAAUCUUCCUUCCAGUAGCAGCAUCAUCCCAAGCCACACCAGCUGUUGUCAUUACGCCGAACUCUGAAACCAACUUCCAUCAAGAAAAUCAGAAAGCCCAAUAUCGGAUGCAUUCACUUGAAUUCAUCUCACCCAAGAUAUCGCCAUAAGGCCCAUCAUCGAACGAAUCCUCAUCAUCCCCAAGAGUCGUUAUAUUCGCUGGCAUCAUCAUCGGAAUUGUCUUGAUCGGACGGAGAUGUGUACAUCGGGAUAUCGUCGUCGGUUUCCCUUUUGUUCGGACCGGUUUUAGACGUAGUCGGUUCUUGACUUCCUACAAAAAGUAAAGCGUGAAUGUGAAUAAAGAAAAAGCCAUGAAAUUGUUUAUAUUACCAGUCUGCGAUUCAUUUUCCUUUUUCCAUUUUGCAAGCAGUUUGUUCCGAUGAUAAUAGA